CAUCACUAGUUCGAAGCCCCUGUCUGCCUUACGUAAAGCAGGGCAGUCGCUAUGAGAACGUCAACCAUAAAGCAAUUAACUAGUUAGCAACGUGUUUUAAAAGCUUUAAAAGUCAUUUUGUCGUGCAGCUAACUUGCUAGAAGAUAUAUAUUUGUGUUGUUAGGUUAUCUUAGGUUUAGCUAACGUUACCUAGUUUACAUUAUGGAGGUUUUACGACCAGCUCUUAUCAAUAUAAGAGGAAGAGUAUACAGAAGGAACAUCAUUAAGGAGGAUCACUAUGAGGAGGAAGAAGAGUUGUCUUACCUGGGACCAACAGAGAGUGAAGACCUUGCAGCAGAUGAAACCUGUGAUACAAACUUAAUUGAACAGACUGAUAAGGGAUACCGCUGUGCCAUUGAUAUCCCCAGUGUUCUUUACAAAUACAUCAUUGGGAAAAAAGGAGAGACACGUAGACGUCUGGAGUUUGACACAAAGACAUCUAUCAACAUCCCAAAACCAGGAGUGGAAGGACAGAUUGUUAUCACAGGUCCCCAUAAAGCUGCAGUCUCCUCUGCAGUCACACGAGUCGAGGUCAUUGUCGAGAGUUUCCGGAAGAAGCAGCCUUUCACGCAUUUCCUGUCAUUCCCUCUGAAAGAUCCCAAAAUUCAAGAAGGUUUCCUGAGCUUUAAAGACGAGGUGUUGAAGCAGUGCUCACAGGAUCACGGAGUAGAUGGAAGCAUCUUUCAGAACCCUGCAAAGCUUCACAUGACAAUCGGCACCCUGGCUCUGCUAAAUGACACGGAAGUGAGAAAAGCAUGUGAGCACCUCAAAGAGUGUCAAACCUUCAUCAGGGACAUCACAGAAGGAAACCCUCUGCUGCUGGAGGUGACAGGUAUAGAGUACAUGAAUGAUGAUCCAGCCAUGGUUGACGUCUUGUACGCCAAAGUCAAUGUGAAAGACAGAUCUGACAAGUUGCAGGUGAUUGCGGACCGGCUGGUCGAGCACUUUGUCUCAGUAGGGCUGAUGGUCAGAGAGUGGGACAGAGUGAAGCUGCACGGCACCGUGAUGAACACUCUGUUCAGGAAGGACUCCACAGCUUGUCCUUUGCACUCUGGUGUUUUUCCAGUUGAAGACACGGGCGGGCCCAGAAGACAAACCACAAGUGAACGAGAGGCUUUUGAUGCCAGAAACAUAUUAAAGAAAUUUGGUGCUUAUCGUUUUGGAGAGUUUGAGCUGAAUGCUGUCCUGCUGUCCCAGAGAUAUUCGACAGAUUGUACGGGCUUCUACACCACUGCAGGGAGCACCAACUUCUCAUGAGCUUCAACACGGCCGAGCAUAUUCUGAGGGACAUGAUUAAAGAUGCGCUGGGCAGAUGUCUUCACUAAUGAUCAGACUGAAAACACACAUGAAGGGACAUGCGUCAUCCGCAGACAGACUCGCACACACUGAAGAUAUUUCAAUUUGUCAACAGAUUUCCAUAUAAGAUGUUCAGACUACGUGUUUAUUUAAAUGGCCAUAUGUGUGUUUUGUUGCAUGGAUCAGGAACGUAUUGAACUAUAGGGCUGCAUGAACCAUCAUAUUCCAGUAUCGGUCAAUUAGUCUAUUAUUUUCUCGAUUCAUUUAACAAUCAUUUAGUCUAUAAAAUGUGAGAAAAUGGGUAACAUUUAAGGAGUACAAACAUCUAAUACACACAACGAUGUAGUUGUAAGCAGCUUCAAGGACAUAUUUAAGUGUUUAUUAAUGUACAGUAUUUGGCGACAAUUAUAAUUUCUCCUAUGAAGACAUAUUUUAUAUUAUUACAGUUGUGGUUUUACUAUAUUGUCAUUCAUUAUCUGAUUAUUAUAAAUGCUUCUAUCUGCUUACACCUACAUUAUAGUGGGUUGUAGAGCAGUUAUUCCCAACCUUUUUCCUUAACGGACUACUUUUCUAUCAUUGAUUGAACUGACGACCCCUGACUAAGUGAUAUAUUAUGGAUAUUUCAUAUUAUUUUCAAUGCUUUACAAUAACAGUACAGAACAACUGAUAAACUGUACAAUUAACCCAAAUAUUGAACAAAAUAACUGCAG